GCUUUACCCAACCACAAACCUAUCAGCAAAGUUAGUAUUUUUCAUAAUCCCCUCAACAUGGUAUCAGUCAGCCUUCCAAUUCACGCGAACUGAAAAAACAAGAGCUCGGCUUUGAACAACUAGUACGCCAGUGUGCAUCUGUACCGUGUUGAGUGCAACGGUUGUAGCCCACACUGCGUAAAAAUUCCCGGAUUUCCUUGGUGCUGCUAUUGCUGGCUUGCAACAAUCGCUCAUCUUCCUCGUAGAUUAGAUAAUUAUCAGUUUCCAAUGUGUUCUUCUAACACUUCAUAUACUAUGAAAACUUUGGUUCUCUUGUUCAUUUUAAUUGGCUUGACAGAUUCAAGAAUAUACAGUGCAAGUAUAUUUGGAAAUGCAGAAAGUUUUAAUGUCCUGGAUUAUGGAGCUGCUGCUGAUGGCAUUACAGAUGAUUCUCAAGCAUUACUUAAUGCUUGGAAUGCUGCAUGUUCAUCAUCAGCUGGAUCUGCUGAAGUGGUUAUUCCUCCAAAUAUGAUAUUUUUUCUUAGCCCUGUGAUACUCAGAGGCCCCUGCAAUUCCGAAAACAUCUAUUUUGUGAUAUCAGGUACACUUGUUUCACCAGGCUCACCUAGUACAUGGACCGGGCAAGACUCGAGUCAGUGGUUGGCUUUCAGAAAUGUUACUGGUCUAAUCGUCGAUGGCUCAGGAACCAUUGAUGGUCAAGGACAAAGAUGGUGGGAUCAAUCAUGUCGAUACCACCCUGAAAUGGACGGAUGCACAAGAUUAGCUCCAACUGCCUUGAAGUUCAUUUUUUGCACUCAGAGUUCAAUCAGUAACAUGUACUUUGCAAACAGUGCACAAACUCAUAUACUUAUAGAGAGAUGCAAUGGCUUUAAAGUGGACAAUGUAAUGAUUCAAUCUCCAGGAAAUAGUCCAAAUACUGAUGGCAUUCAUAUUCAAGCUUCUCAAUAUGUGGACAUAACAAAUUCUAAAAUUAGCAGUGGAGAUGAUUGUAUUUCAAUUGGAGAUUACUCUUCUAAUGUCCAAAUAUACAACAUUCAAUGUGGACCAGGUCAUGGUAUAAGUAUUGGAAGCUUAGGAAAACAUGGUAAUUCUGCUCAAGUAGAGAACAUUCAUGUGAGCAAUGCUUUCUUCCAUGGAACUACGAACGGAGCUCGUAUCAAGACAUGGCAGGUUGGCAGAGGAUAUGUACGCGAUGUCAUAUUUGAGAAUCUUGAAUUUAACUCCGUCAAGAAUCCCAUCAUAAUCGACCAGAAUUACUGUGAUGUUCGAGGGGCUUGCAAGGAAAUGGUAACUGGAGUGCAAGUCAGCAAUGUUGUUUAUCAGAACAUAGUUGGAACAUCGAGCUCGGAUAUCGCGAUAAAUUUGAACUGCAGCAUUUCAGUGCCAUGUACUGAUAUAACAAUGCAGUUCAUACAACUAACACCAGCAACAUCAGGAAGGAAAGUUAAAGCUUAUUGUAGGAAUGCUAAUGGCCAAGAAUACGGAAUCGAACCCGGUCCUUGUCUCUCAUAAGUUUAGGAUUUUACUUUGGCAUAACACAUAAACGUGUCCUUUAAUUUAACGUAGGGCUAAAACCAACAAUUCUUUGUUGUGUGCAUAACCAGAAUGAACACAUUUGUAAGUGUUGUAGCAUACUAGUUAAUGUACUUUCAAUUUUCUUUUUCUUUGGCUUUGAUUUUAA